CCCCUAGCUUCCAUUUCUUGAACUGAAGCGACGCUACGGGUCUCGUGUACGGUUAUCGUCUUUUUUUUUUUAACAUACACGUUUAAGUAAAUAAACUCGCUUUUCACGAGGACACUUUUUUUUUAAAUAGUGAAUGAAAAACAGUUCGUCGUUCGGUUCUGUUUGAGUUGUGGCUGAAGCUAGUAUUUUUGUUUCCCAUUUUAACUUUACUGAGCGGCGUUUUCCGCCGUUUUUUUUUUUUUCCUCGCCGCCCCCCUUGAGUGUGAGUGAGUAGGGGCCUGCGACGUUGGUUUAGCCACGAGGCUCGUUGGUUCUGUUGGAGCAUAGCGAUGGCGGAGUUCGGUAACGGACUGGCGGAUGAGUCUCUACUAGAUUCGGACCACGGACAUCCCGAGUUAGAAGACCCGGGUGUAGGAGACGAAGAACCGGGGUUAGAAGAGGGAGAGGCCGCAAUUGAAGACCCGGAGCUGGAGGCAAUCAAAGCCCGGGUCCGAGAAAUGGAGGAAGAGGCAGAAAAGUUGAAGGAGCUACAGAACGAGGUGGAGAAACAGAUGAAUCUCAGCCCCCCACCAGUUGGUCCGGUCAUCAUGUCCAUCGAGGAGAAGAUGGAAGCAGAUGGCAGAUCUAUUUAUGUCGGCAAUGUGGACUACGGCGCCACGGCGGAGGAGCUCGAGGCUCAUUUUCACGGCUGCGGUUCAGUAAAUAGAGUCACCAUCUUGUGUGACAAAUACACGGGGCAUCCCAAAGGGUUUGCUUAUAUUGAGUUCGCAGACAAAGAGUCUGUUCGAACGGCCAUGGCUUUGGAUGAGUCCCUGUUCAGAGGAAGACAGAUUAAGGUGGGAGCCAAGAGAACAAACAGACCGGGCAUCAGCACCACAGAUCGCGGUUUUCCACGGGGUCGGUUCCGAUCACGGGGAGGAAGCUUCUCCUCGCGAGCGCGCUACUACAGCGGCUACACGCCACCCCGAGGCAGAGGGCGGGCCUUCAGGUUUCAGGACCAGUGGAGGCUGACGACCCCUCCCCAGGUGGCGCCGGCUCCGCCCACUGUCUCUGCAGCGUCCCUGUCUCUCUCCGCUCCCGCUAUGCACACUCACCCCAUUUUGUCGGUGUGGGGGGGCGGGGGAGGAGGGCAGGGCGACCACAGGCCCGCCGCCGGGGGCAUUUACUACAACAGCAAACGCUGAUGACGUUUUUCUUUCUUCCGUUUUUGUUUUAUUCUUUUUAAAUUUCUCGUCGUACUUCAGAAACACGUCGCCAACACACACUCAUCACACACACACAGCCGACACACGCGUUCUGCUCACAGCUGAAGCCAGAGUAGCCGAAGGGGCAGACAGGCAAGUUUGCGAGUGAGGAAGGCGGGACCAGAGGCGAGGGUAGAGGGGGGGUUGGGGGGGACAUAAAGGUGCCCUGUCUGGCGGUCCUGUGAUGAGCUAACGGCGUUGAUUAAAGAAAGGAGUGGGCUGGAGCUGUUUAAGGUGGUGGGGUUUGUCUGCAGACCCUUCUUUUUCCCUUGUUUUGAAAAAAGAAAAGAUAAAAAGAGGGAGUGGGUUCAAAAAAAAUGUUUUGCUUUUUUUAUUUUUAACCCAUGACUCUGUAAUUAGGAGAAAAG